UCGCGGCUCCAGCUAACGUCCGCUACGCAGGGCCGCCUGCUCUCGAUGCCCGGUCCCUGUGGGGGUGCCGAGGCCCGACCUGCCUCCCAGUUCGGGGCCACGCCGAGGGCCCUCUCGGCGGCGGCGGGGGGCUGUGGCUCGGCCGCAGCCACAUCGCAGCUCAGCGGGCCGCCCUGACCCGCUUGCUACCCGGACCUCUCUCUCCCACAAGCCCCGCACGUCCCCGAAUCCUGUUUCUGAGCAACUCGCCCAAUGCAAACGGGAGGUUUUGAGGUUACGUGUUUUGUUGAGAAGAUUACAGGAGACUGAAUGCCCUUGACAAUGAACCCAACACAGAAUCCUGGAGGUUCUUUCGCCAUAAGGAUAAACAAUAUCUGACGAGAACAGAAAAGAUCGCAUCCAGCAGCUCCGCGUCAUCUCCUCUAGCCUGUGUAACAUGUUCAAAUAACCAUUCCACAUCUGGCCACUGCAGUGAGGGCCGCGACCAGCCUGGGUCCCUGACAUCUGCUAGGAUUCCUGUGCUCUUUGUCGGGGCCAGACUGCCUCCGAGCCAGCCAGCCGACAGGGGCUGUUAAGAGCUCCGCAGCUUGUCUCCACACACCAGUCCGGCUGACAGACCUGCCAACACCAUGAAGGACGAGGUGGCUCUUCUGGCCACUGUCACCCUCCUCGGAGUCCUGUUGCAAGCCUACUUCUCCCUGCAGGUGAUCUCUGCGCGCAGAGCCUUCCGCGUGUCGCCGCCGCUCACCACCGGGCCGCCCGAGUUCGAGCGCGUCUACCGAGCCCAAGUGAACUGCAGCGAGUACUUCCCGCUGUUUCUCGCCACGCUCUGGGUCGCCGGCAUCUUCUUUCACGAAGGUGCGGCGGCCCUGUGCGGUUUGGUCUACCUUUUCGCGCGCCUCCGCUACUUUCAGGGCUACACGCGCUCAGCGCAGCAGAGGCUGGCUCCCCUGUACGCGAGCGCGCGCGCGCUCUGGCUGCUGGUGGCGCUGGCCGCGCUCGGCCUGUUAGUCCACUUUCUCCCGGCCGCGCUGCCCGCCUCGCUCCUCGGACCGUUCCGGACGCUGCUGCCCAGGGCUUGAGAUGGAGGACGACAGGUCGACGGAGCGGGAGAAGAGCCGGAGCUUUCCGGGAAGACAAGGGAGGGGUUCUCACUUUAUCCAAUCUCCAAUUAAAGUGCCGGUGACCAGA